GAGGAGGAGGAGAAGCAAGAGGAAGAGGAAGAGAAGGAGGAGGAGGAGGAGAAGCAAGAGGAGGAGGAGGAAGAAGAGGAGGAGGAAGAGGAGGAGGAGGAUGAAGAGAAGGAGGAGGAGGAGGGGGAGGUUUAA